AUGACCGAGCCACACUUCAGAGAACGAACUGCCUCCCAUUCCAGAGAACGAGCUUCCUCGCAGUCCAGAGAAAGAACUCCAUCCAUAUCACGACAACAACAGCAACAACAGCAAGAACAUACAUCCGAUGUAUCAACAUCCAAAUAUCGUUCACUCACAUUAGAAAACAAAGGAUCAGUAGCUCGAGAUCAUAUGGCCAAUGAACGAACAUUCUUGGCAUGGUUAAGAACUUCAUUAGCAUUAGUCACAAUUGGAAUCGGAAUAACACAAUUAUUUCGAUUAGAUAAAUCUUCAAAUUUAAGAGUUAGCAUGCAUGAAUCUGCAUUUAUAGAUCUAAGCGAUGUCGGAAAUGAACCAAUAAAUUCCAUAGUUAAGUAUGGAAAACCUUUAGGUUCAAUAUUUAUAUUUAUGGGGAUUGUAACGUUAUUAUUUGGGGUUGAGAGAUAUUUUAAAGUACAGCAUUUAUUAACUAAGAAUCAGUAUCCUGCUACUAGAUUGGGAAUAUUAAUAUUGAUUAGUUUGGUGUUUAUAAUUAUUGCAAGUACAUUUUAUAUGAUUAUAUCAACAUCUUAG